CGCACGCACGCACGCGCAGUGAGCUCAGCAUGAGGGUCGUGGGCCUGAUCAGUGGUGGGAAGGACAGCUGUUAUAAUAUGAUGCAGUGCAUUGCUGCGGGGCAUCAGAUUGUUGCUUUAGCAAAUCUAAGACCCAAUGAAAACCAAGUGGAUUCUGAUGAGCUGGAUAGCUACAUGUAUCAGACAGUAGGUCAUCAUGCCAUUGACCUGUAUGCAGAAGCGAUGGCUCUGCCACUGUACCGCAGAACCAUCACAGGAAGGAGUUUGGAUACAGGACGAGUGUACACCAAAUGUGAAGGCGAUGAGGUUGAAGAUCUCUAUGAACUUCUAAAACUUGUUAAGGAAAAAGAAGAAGUAGAAGGGGUAUCAGUUGGUGCUAUACUUUCUGACUAUCAACGUGUUCGAGUAGAAAACGUGUGUGAAAGACUUGAUCUCCAACCUCUAGCUUACCUGUGGCAGAGGAACCAGGAAGAUUUGCUUCGAGAGAUGAUAGCCUCUAAUCUUUGUGCGGUGAUCAUCAAGGUGGCAGCAUUAGGUUUAGAUCCAUAUAAGCAUCUUGGAAAAACUCUGGAUGAAAUGGAGCCUUAUCUUUUAGAGCUUAAUAAGAAGUAUGGAGUCCAUGUAUGUGGAGAAGGUGGAGAGUAUGAAACAUUCACUUUGGAUUGCCCUCUAUUUAAGAAGAAAAUAAUUGUGGAUUCCUCAGACGUGGUCAUCCACUCUGCUGAUGCAUUUGCACCUGUGGCUUAUCUGCGCCUUGAAGGGUUGCACUUGGAGGAAAAGGCAAGUAAAGGUGUCUCCAGUACCUGACAACAAUGAAAGAUCUAAUUAUAUACAUAAUUCUUGAAGUAUAUCUUGUAGCUUCUAAAUUAUUAUGACCACCAUUCUUAUAUUUUUCACUUUUUUAAAAAAAUACACAUUUUGAAGAAAAAGAAAAAUUUACAUUUUAUAAAAUUUAUGAAAGCAUUAACUGGGAAAUUCCAGUGUUUGCUCAUGAAUAUCUCCAACCUCUUCUGCUUUUACUUCCUCUUGUUAGUAUAUCCCUUCUAUAUCCUUUUAUGAAAUGUCUCUUUAUUUUCUGUUUGUUUACUGUCAACUCUCAUUUGCAUAACAUCACUUUCAUAAUAUAAUUUUCUUUCUCCUCUUUCUUUCAUUCUUUCCACCAAUAUUAUGAAGCAUCAGAAAAUGAAGAUUAUUGUAUUUGCCAAUCAAAUUUAAUUAGAUGUCACCAAAGUGAUAUAUCAUUAUUGUUUUUGACAUAUUCAAAAAUUCAGCAUUACUAGACAAUUAAAAAGAAUAACAUUGCUUACUGUUUUGUUACAACUGAUUUUAAAAUUGUAAUUUUUAAGUAUUACUUAUGUGGCUCUUAGAAGAAAAAAAAUUAAAUAGACUAUGCUUUUAGUUUUAUAGCAUUGUUGGUUAGAAAUUAUUCAGUGCCAUUAUGUACUCUGUGUUCUACAAGAUCAACACCAUCUACCAGAUGGUACACUUGCUGCAACUGACAACCCUACUUUAUACAUGUUUAUCAUCAAAAGUCCAUAGUGUAGGCAUGGUGACUUUUGCCUAUAAUCCCAGUAUUUGGCAGACUGAGGCUAAAAGAAUCAAAGUUUGGGCUGGAGAGAUGGCUUAGUGGUUAAGCGCUUGCCUGUGAAGCCUAAGGACCCCAGUUUGAGGCUCAGUUCCCCAGGUCCCAUGUUA